AUGGAAUCACGUGCUACUGCUAAACCAAUUGGAAAAUUGAACUUGCAAGGAUUGGUCUUGGACGAGUCAAGUAGGCGCGAAAUAAAAAGUACCGCCCCAUCGGCGAGCGGUGUUCGACGAACGCCGUGUGAAGAAAUAUGUGAAUCGGGGCGGCGCAAAGAAACUUCGCAUGUCACAUUCAAUCCUAAAGAAUGCAACCUACGGAGAGAAGAUGCACGGGCGUGUGACGACAGUGUGGUGAAAGGUCACGAUGACGGUGUGUGUUCCAUACGAAUCCCGCCUUACUUGAAAAUUGGAGCAUACAAAUCUUUGUUAUUAUACAUAGAAACAGCAAGUGCCUAUGACUAUGACGAAGUUCUUGCGAAGUCGAUAUUGUUCUACGAAGCUCAGAGGUCAGGAGUGUUACCACUAACUAAUCGUAUAUCUUGGCGCGGUGACUCAUGCAUCAAUGACAAGUCACAUGAUGGGCAUGACUUAUCAGGUGGAUGGUACGACGCUGGUGAUUACGUGAAAUUUGGUUUACCGAUGGCGUGGAGUACAACCGUAUUAGCCUGGGGCGUCAUCGCAUAUAAAGAUGCGUACCUUGCAGCAGGACAAUUAGAGUACAUGCUGGACUGUAUCAAAUGGCCAGCUGAUUAUUUCCUGAAAUGCCAUACCAGGAAAAAUGAGUUCUAUUAUCAGGUUGGCGAUGGGGCCGAAGACCACAAACGUUGGGGGCGUGCUGAAGAGAUGGACAUUGAACGCCCGUCGUUCAAAGUAACACCCAGUCUACCCGGUUCUGAUGUCGUCGGGGAAACAGUCGCAGCAUUAUCUGCGACGGCCAUUGCUUUCAAGGACGCUAAUAAACCAUACGCUGCUUUACUGCUGCAGAAUGCAAAAGAGUUAUAUGACUUUGCAUCUACAUACCGCGGAAUCUACCCAAGCAAAGGACAUUACCAGACUAAACAAUAUGGCUGCAAACUCACCUGGGCUGCAGCCUGGUUAUAUUUCGCUACCAGUGACAAAAAAUACAUUCGAGAUGCGAAGAAAUUCUACAAGGAGUUCAAAUUGUCGCGAAGUGCAUGGGCGUUUGCUUGGGGGAAUUCGGGACCAGCGGUUCAGCUACUAAUGUACAUUUUGACUGAAAACGAGAAAUACAGGACGGAUUUCUCGAAUUAUCUUGACUCAUGGUUACCUGGCGGCAAAAUGCCAUACACACCAAAGGGGCUGGUUUAUCGUAGUGACUGGGGUCCACUCAGAUAUGCAGCUUCUAACUCGUUCCUGGCUCUUCUCGCCUCUGAUUAUGGCGUAAAUCCUCGAAAUUAUCGAGAGUUUGCGAAAAAGCAGUUACAUUAUAUUUUAGGCGAUUCUGGUCGUAGUUUUGUCUGUGGUUUCGGGAAAAACCCUCCAAAAAGUCCACACCACCGAGCAAGUUCCUGCCCACUACCACCGCAUACAACGAGAAGAGCCAACCUUCUGGCGGACGAACCCAACCCGCAUACGCUGUAUGGUGGUGUAGUUGGUGGUCCCGGCCCGUUAGAUAACUAUGUCGACGACAGGAGAAAUUAUAAAAUGAAUGAGGUGGCGUGUGAUUACAAUGCUGGUUUUCAAUCCGCCAUAGCAGGUUUAAAGCACCUGGAGAUAACCGGACAACCUUUUUGAAGUAACAUUUGAAAUUUAAGCGUAUACUAGUAUUACAUUUAUUUUGCUAUAACUCUUGUACAUUUUGUUAUUAUUUUGCUAUUAUGAUAUAUCGACCUGUAUUUGUUGCACAUAGUAAUGUAGUAUACAAUGUCUGUGAGUUUUGUGAAAUACUUUACUUGUUUCAUUAUCUGCAAUUUAUGCGCAUUACCACAACAAAUAUUUUUGAAUGUGAUUCACACUGAACGUGUAAGCUAGUAAUUGGAGUGGUUGCUUCGAAUAUGACAGUUCAAAUUACAUACAUAAUUCAAUUUGAACAUUAAUGUAGCAAGAUGUUAUGUUGAACUAUGACCCGCC